CCACAAAAGCACAGCCCAUCCCGUCAUCCCUUAUCACUUUCCCCAAAUUAGAAUCAAAUCCUAGCUUGUUCCCUGAUCCCCACCCGGCGACUCACGGAACCCUAACCCUAGGUCUGCCGCUCCGCGCCACAUGCGCGCGGCCGCCGCCCAUGGCGACCCUCAAGGAGCUCCUCCCAGUGCCCAAGACGUCGGCGUCCAUGUUCUACGACCACAGCAGCGACCCCUGGUUCAAGGAGCGGUACGGCGGCGAGUCCGCGCAGUCGUCCACCGAGAGGCCUGCGGCUGCGACGAAGCCCGUCCCUCCGUACGGGAAGCGGGCGGGAUUUGUGCCGCGCCGGCCUGAGGAUUUCGGAGAUGGCGGCGCCUUCCCGGAGAUCCACGUCGCGCAGUACCCGCUCGGCAUGGGCCGCCGCGACGAGAAGGGCGGGUCCAAGAUCCUCGCGCUCACCGUCGACGCGCACGGCAGCGUCGCCUUCGACGCCGUCGUGAAGCAGGGCGAGAACGCCUCCAAGAUUGUCUACUCCAAGCACAGCGACCUCGUGCCCAAGAUCGCCACGAUCGAUUCUCAGGCGGUCGGCGACGACGAGGAGCAGAAGCAGAUCGAGGAAACCACCGAGCGGACGAAAGCCGCCUUGGAGAAGGUUGUGAACAUCCGCCUCUCCGCUGCUCAGCCCAAGAAUGUGCCGACGCACGAUUCAGAGUCGAAGUUUAUCAAGUAUAAGCCGUCCCAGCAAUCAGCAGCUUUCAAUUCAGGCGCCAAGGAGAGGAUCGUUAGGAUGUCGGAGGUGGCGGUUGAUCCUCUUGAGCCACCAAAGUUCAAGCACAAGCGUGUGCCCCGAGCGUCUGGGUCUCCACCUGUGCCAGUGAUGCACUCGCCACCACGGCCAGUUACGGUGAAGGAUCAGCAGGAUUGGAAGAUUCCGCCCUGCAUUUCAAAUUGGAAAAAUCCAAAGGGUUACACAAUUCCACUUGAUAAGAGGUUGGCUGCUGAUGGGAGGGGUCUGCAGGAGGUGCAAAUUAAUGAUAACUUUGCAAAGCUUUCUGAAGCAUUGUAUGUGGCAGAGCAGAAGGCGAGGGAGGCAGUACAGAUGCGCUCCAAGGUGCAGAGGGAACUGAUGCUGAAGGAGAAGGAGAGGAAGGAGCAAGAGCUUAGGGCUCUUGCACAGAAGGCACGCAUGGAGAGGACCGGUGGCCCACCUGCGCCAGCAGCUGUGCUUGCUGGUGAUGGUAGGGGCGCAGUUGAUGCUAUCCUUGAAGAUACGGAUAUGGAGCAGCCACGUGAGCCACGUGAGCAGCGCAGGGAGACCAGGGAAGAGAGGGAGGCUAGGAUUGAGCGUGAUAGAAUCCGUGAGGAGCGUAGGCGGGAGAGAGAGAGGGAGAGGAGGCUGGAGGCCAGAGAUGCUGCAAUGGGCAAGAAGAGCAAGAUCACAAGAGACAGGGACCGUGACGUCAGUGAGAAGAUUGCUCUGGGCAUGGCAAGUACCGGUGGUGCGAAAGGCGGGGAGGUCAUGUAUGAUCAGCGUCUGUUCAACCAGGACAAGGGAAUGGACUCUGGGUUUGCUACAGAUGAUCAGUACAACAUCUACAGUAAGGGGCUCUUCACAGCGCAGUCCUCGAUGUCCACGCUUUACAGGCCUAAGAAGGAUGGUGAUUCUGAUGUGUAUGGUGAUGCGAGCGAACAGUUGGAGAAGGUUAUGAAGACUGACAGGUUCAAGCCUGACAAGGGAUUUACUGGUGCUUCAGAGAGGACUGGCAAGCGAGAUAGACCUGUGGAGUUCGAUAAGCAGGAGGAGAACGAUCCCUUUGGUCUGGAUCAGUUCUUGACUGAGGUGAAGAAGGGAAAGAAAGCUGUGGAGAAGAUUGGAGGCGGAGGAACCAUGAAGGCGAGUGCUGGAUCCUCGAUGAGGAAUGAUUACGAGGGUGGGGGAUCUGGGAGGUCCCGCAUUAAUUUUGAAAGGGGGCGUUGAGGUAUUUGCACUGCAUCAAUCUUCUGCAGGUUCUCAAUGCAUUCUCAAAUAUAUAAUCUAGCAGGAUGUCAUAUAAGAAGGAAUCUAGUUUCCUUCCUCUCAAGAAAAAUGGAUCAAGCAGCGGAAAAGACGAAGGAAUUGUUUCACUGUUGUAUUACGAUCUGACGAGCAAGUUGGGGUCGCGCGUAAUCGGACGGGAUCGUGUAUGGAAGCAGGGCGACAGCAGAAGCAUCUCGUCCCCUGCCACCCCCUCAGUUCCAUUGGCUCUUGGUUCGUCUCGUGCACCGUCCAUCUCACAGCGAUUCUGAUGCUACUCAUCUUCCUAGAAGUGACCACGAGAACCCUUGUCAUGGAUUUGUCAAGAGGCGCAUAUCGCGAGAUUAUUUGAAAGCUACGCUCGUAUCUGUUGGAAAAUAAGUCACUUUUAAAUUUAA